CAUAAAAUAUACAAAUUGUUAUUUAAACAUAAGUAAUUCGUUUAAAUAUCUUUGGAUUACUAAGUAUAUAUAUAUUGGGAUUAACAUCAUAAACUAUUUGGAUUAAUUUUGCUGUGCAGAAACCUUUAAGGAUUAACAACAUCACAAUGAAGCUGCUCGCAUUGUUCUUAGCAAUGGCUAUUUUCAUUCUUCCCCUGAUUGCCGCCUUCCCACCCAAAGGUCGUGACUGUGAGGUGCACAAUUGUGAGUUGCAGGAUUAUAAGCCAAUUUGUGGCACAGAUGACAAAGGUGACACCAAAACAUUUACCAAUUAUUGUAUACUAAAAACUGAAAAUUGUCUACGCAAUCAAAAUUAUCAAAAAACCGCAGAUGGAGAAUGUCCCUAGAUGCUGUUUAACUCUUUAAUAAAAACAAAAUAUAUUUUAAUUCUUUCUUUAUAAUUUUUAAAUUUAAUUCCUAUUUAUACAUCUAUAAUUUACAUUUACAUAAAUAGUUCAUAAAAUUAUCGGAUUUAUUACAUUUAAUAUUUUAUUAGUUCUUUUCAUUAUUAUUUCUUUUUUACAUUCUACUAAUUAUUUCUAAUUCUAAUUUUUUUUAAAUGCUUAUGUCUUUAGUUUAACAAACAAAUCAAGAACAAACAAAUUAGAAAAUUUAUUAAAAAAACAACAACAACAAAAUCAAAAAAAAAGAAAACCGCAACAAAAAAAUGUUCUAAAUGUUGGCUUAUUUUAUUUAAACAAAAGAGUGAAGAAGAAGAAGAAAAAUAUUUAGUUUGAGUGGUAAUUGUAUGUGUGAUAUUUUUAAGAUUCAUAAAAUUUUCAUUAUUAAUUUGUUUUCGAAAUCAUAAUUAAAUGUAAAACUAAUUGUAAAGCAAAAAGUACGAAUACUUAGCAUCAGAAGAAAAUAAAUAUAUUAUUAAAUAAAUUACAA